AUUAAAGAAUUCAUCGCAUCGUUUUGUACGUUAUGAUCAACAAUGGCCGGGGGAGGCUAUAAGCAAAAGUUCAACAAAUCCAAGAACCGAAAACCCCUGAAACCAUCUCCAUUUCUGGAAGGUGGUUUGUUAUCCGAUUGUUCUCCCGUUGUCGAUUCUCCCCCUCCCAGAGGAAAGAGUAAUAAUGGUAAUAGUGGGAAUUAUUCGAAUGCUUCGAAGAACAAAUCCACAGCCAGAUUUGCGAUCGGGAGUGGUUCUGGUGGUAAAUCGAAAGCUUCGAGUUCCAAUUCGAGAAAUGUCGAAGCUCAAAAGCCUAAAAUGAACGCUAUUGGUUACAUAUAUCCUCAAAUUGAUUCUCUUCUAGAUGAAAAUGGUGAUGGUAGUAACAAGCUGGAUGAUUCAGACCCUCUUGUUUUGGUUAAUACCAACGAAUCCAAUCUUGUUGCUUACAUUGACCAAACGCCAGUCAAAGAACCCGAAACUGUCGAAUAUAGCUAUGAAUCUGUUACUGAAACAUCUCUUGAAGUGGAUGAUAGUUUCCACAGAGGCUUAGGGUUUCGUGAUGAUGAAGAAGAAGAAGAAGAAGAUCCAUCUGUUAUUGAAGCAUCUCCAUUUAUAGAAAACAAAGAAGGUUCAACUUCUGAUUCAUCAUGUUCAGACGAAAUAGAAACUGAUGAAGAAGAAGAAGAAGAAGAAGAAGAAGAGGAGGAGGAGGAAGACGAUAUACCUGAUGAAGAAGAAAGCUUAGAUUCUUCAGAAUCCGAAGAUUCCUCCAACAACUCAUCUGAAACUGAUCCGGAUAUAGAUGAAGAAAUUGCAAAAGAUUAUGUAAAGGGAAUUAGUGGGAGUUAUAAAGAUGCAAAUCUUGAUACCAAUAAUGGUAUUUAUGGUGUUGAUAUCAAUGAUACUUUAAAGAAGUUAAGAGGGAUUGCAAUUCAGGAUGCAUCAAUGGAGUAUGGCAAGAAACCUUCUUCAAAGAAGAAAAGUCAAACAAAAUCUAACAAAUUUGGAAGUGGGACAGAUGAUUGGUCUGCUUUAGAUGAUAUUAUGCUUGUAAAAGAUCCCCGAAUUCGUUCUUCACAAAAGAAAAAACAUGCUGCAAAGUUCCCUCAAUCUUGGCCUUCUAAAGCCGAAAAAAGUAACCAUUCCAGGAGAUUACCAGGUGAGAAGAAGAAACAACGCCAAGAAACAAUUGCUUUGAAGCGUAGGGAGCGAAUGAUACGUCGAGGUGUUGAUCUUGAACAAAUAAAUUUGAAAUUAGAGCAAAUGGUGAAGAAUGGAGGUGAUAUCAUGUCGUUUCAACUUAUGCAUUCCCGUGAUUGUUCACAAGUCCAAAGGUUAGCUUCAAUUUAUCGUAUGCGGAGCGUCAGUCAAGGUUCAGGCCAGAGAAGGUUCGUAACCGUGGCUUCUACAAAAAACACCGGGAUGCCAUCAUCUAACGACAAAACUCGUCUUCACAAGCUUUUAAGAGUUAACAAUGAAGAAUCCGAUUUUACAGCUAUCGAUACUCCAUCAAGUUCAAAUAGAAGUAAAAAGACAUCAAAACUAACCACGGGUUUGAGCCAAUUAGACUCGAGAUUGACAAAAAGCAAGAGUUGUAGUGAACAAAUCAAGAAGAAAAAGAUAGAUAAAGACACGAAAACGGGCACUUACGCAACACAACCCGUGUCAUUUAUUUCCCAUGGUAACAUGGAACCUGAGCCAGUUGUCACAACCAUAGCCGUCGAUGAACCAAAACCUAGAGAUCAAACCGCUGGCUCAUCGAGUUAUGGUGCAUUUGAGAUGCACACAACCGGUUUCGGUUCAAGAAUGAUGGCAAAAAUGGGGUAUGUGGAUGGAGGUGGAUUGGGGAAAGAUGGGAGAGGAAUAGCAGAGCCAAUCCAAGUGAUUCAACGUCCCAAAGCGCUCGGAUUAGGAGCAGAAGGUCCCGAAAAUGCCCUUGUAGAUGCGACCCCACCACAAAGGUCUAAUCGGGUGACGGGGGAAAGUUGUAGGGGUAAAUCGGGAAAUGUACAGUUUCGGUCGUUUGAAAAGCAUACAAAAGGGUUUGGGUCGAAGAUGAUGGCAAAAAUGGGGUAUGUUGAAGGGAUGGGUCUUGGGAGAGGGUCACAAGGGAUUGUUGACCCUAUUUUUGCUAGUAGGCUUCCUAAGUCUAGAGGCUUGGGUGCUAAAGGUUAGUUGUAUUAUAAUCAAUCAUGUCAUUGUCUUGUCGUGUGAAUUAUACUAUGAUAAUAACCCUAAUUUAUUUAAUUUACAAUAAGUUUGGGCAUUCAA